UGUGUGUGCGCGUCUGUGUGGGUGCACUGUGGCAUGGAGGCCACUGCAUAAAUAGUACUCAUCUCCUUGGCGUUUUGCUCCCCGUCUCCACAUCAGAUCAGACCAUCACACUCACAGGCCCCUCGCUCAAUCUCUCCUUCCUCUCGCUUGUGUCUUCUGAAAGAACACACAGCACAGCAGCCAGGAGGGUCUCGCAGUUGCGAGCUUGAGUCGAUCCCUGAACAAGUUGAUUGUGCUUGCCAUCGGCAUUGCUGCACUGUUCGGAGCAUGGGAUCGAGGAGACCAAGACUGCCUGGAUUUGGUGAUGAUGGUGGCGGGAGAGGGGGUCAGGGAAGAGGCGGACGUGGCCGGGGCGGCUUCUAUCCACAGCAAUACCAGCAAGGUGGCCGUGGAGCUGCGGGCUCCUACCAUUACAAUGGCCAGGGAGCUGCUCCUCAGCCCCGUGGCGCAACAAUGGUGCCGACACAGCAAUGGCGUCCAGCUGGUCCUGCUGCUGCAGAGGAUUCCGGCCAUGGACAGCCCUACAGGGAAGUGCACCCACAGCAACACAACAAUGGUGGCCCGCCUGCGACAAUAACUCCCGAACUGCACCAAGCAAUGGUUGAUGAUGCUCCACAUGAGCCUGCUGACAUGAUCUCCUCACCAGAGGCAGCUGGCUCAUUGGAGACAUCACCACCACAGGCUCUCGAGGUGGUCACCGAGCACCUCGAGGUCUUGUCCAUGCAGAGUGAAUUGAGUGCCAGCCAGGGGAUUGUCCAAGCAAUUCAGUUGUCCAGCAGCUCUUACAAGUUUCCUCACCGCCCGGGGCGUGGAAGUAUCGGCACGAGGUGCUUGGUAAAGGCAAAUCACUUCCUUGCUGAACUGCCAGACAAGGAUCUUCAUCAGUAUGAUGUUUCAAUCACCCCGGAGAUUACGUCACGGAUUGUAAGCCGUGCUGUGAUGGAAGAGCUGGUGAAGCUGCACAAGGUAUCAUAUUUGGGUGGGCGGCUUCCAGCCUAUGAUGGUAGGAAGAGCAUGUACACGGCUGGUCCGCUGCCAUUUGUUUCAAAAGAGUUUCACAUCAAUUUGCUUGACGAAGAUGAUGGUUCUGGUUUAGAGAGGCGUCAGAGAACUUUUAAGGUGGUGAUUAAGUUUGCCGCAAGAGCUGAUCUUCAUCGGCUCGAGCAAUUUCUAGCUGGAAGGCAGGCAGAGGCUCCCCAAGAGGCCUUGCAAGUUCUUGAUAUCGUCCUGCGUGAGCUGCCAACAGCUAGAUAUGCAUCAUAUGGUCGAUCCUUCUUCUCGCCUGACCUGGGGAGGAGGCGAUCCCUUGGUGAAGGAAUAGAAAGCUGGCGUGGGUUUUAUCAGAGCAUUCGUCCUACUCAGAUGGGAUUAUCACUAAAUAUCGACAUGUCAGCGACAUCUUUCUUCGAGCCACUACCUGUCAUUGAUUUUGUUGCACAGCUUCUAAACACUGAUGUCUACUCAAGGCCCCUGUCAGAUGCUGAUCGUGUCAAGAUCAAGAAGGCCUUAAGAGGAGUGAAGGUGGAAGUUACUCAUCGUGGCAACAUACGGCGGAAGUACCGUAUAUCUGGUUUAACAUCUCAGGCAACUCGGGAGUUAAGUUUUCCUGUUGAUCAAGGGGGCAUGGUGAAGUCUGUUGUACAAUAUUUUCAGGAGACAUAUGGUUUUGCUAUCCAACACACCUACCUUCCCUGUCUGCAAGUUGGUAAUCAGCAGCGUCCAAAUUAUCUCCCCAUGGAGGUCUGCAAAAUAGUGGAGGGACAGAGAUAUUCCAAGAGACUGAACCAGAGUCAGAUAAGAGUUCUCUUAGAGGAGACAUGUCAGCGCCCACAUGAUCGGGAGCGUGACAUAAUUCAGAUGGUGAAUCACAACUCUUAUCAUGAUGAUCCUUAUGCAAAAGAGUUUGGAAUUAAGAUAAGUGAGCGCCUGUCAUCGGUUGAGGCACGAAUUUUACCUGCUCCUCGGCUCAAGUAUAAUGAGACUGGUAGAGAGAAGGAUUGCUUGCCUAGAGUUGGUCAGUGGAAUAUGAUGAACAAGAAAAUGGUGAAUGGUGGUAGAGUCAGGAGCUGGCUGUGUGUCAAUUUUGCUCGAAACGUGCAAGAGAGCGUUGCUACUGGAUUUUGUCGUGAACUUGCUCGCAUGUGCCAAGCCUCAGGAAUGGACUUUGCUUUGGAGCCUGUUCUUCCGCCUAUAUAUGUGCGUCCGGAUCAAGUGGAGCGAGCUUUGAAAGCCAGGUUCCAUGAUGCAAUGACCAUACUUGGACCUCAGCGCAAGGAGCUUGAAUUGCUUAUUGGAAUACUUCCUGAUAACAAUGGCUCACUUUAUGGUGACUUGAAGCGUGUCUGUGAAAUCGACCUUGGGCUAGUUUCCCAGUGCUGUUUAACGAAACAAGUGUUUAAAAUGAACAAACAGAUCCUGGCAAAUCUUGCGCUGAAGAUAAAUGUCAAGGUUGGGGGAAGGAACACUGUACUGGCUGAUGCAUUGUCAAGGCGCAUUCCUUUGGUUACUGACAGGCCUACGAUUAUAUUUGGUGCCGAUGUCACCCAUCCUCAUCCUGGUGAAGACAGCAGCCCUUCCAUUGCUGCAGUUGUGGCCUCCCAGGAUUGGCCUGAGGUGACAAAAUAUGCUGGCCUAGUUUCUGCUCAAUCUCACAGGCAAGAAUUGAUAGAGGAUCUAUAUAAAGUCACACAUGAUCCACAGAGAGGAACCAUCCAUGGUGGCAUGAUCAGGGAGCUUCUUAUAUCCUUUAAAAGGUCAACUGGAGAAAAGCCUCAGCGAAUUAUAUUCUAUAGGGAUGGUGUCAGUGAAGGCCAGUUUUACCAAGUUCUACUGCAUGAGCUUGAUGCGAUCCGAAAGGCAUGUGCAUCGCUGGAAGCAAAUUACCAACCGCAGGUUACUUUCGUCGUGGUUCAGAAGCGCCACCACACCAGGUUAUUUGCACACAACCACAAUGACCAAAACUCUGUUGACAGGAGCGGCAACAUACUUCCUGGUACUGUUGUUGACUCCAAGAUCUGCCAUCCUACAGAGUUUGACUUCUUCCUGUGCAGCCAUGCUGGCAUUAAGGGCACAAGCCGUCCUGCUCAUUACCAUGUACUGUGGGAUGAAAACAACUUCACCGCCGAUGGGCUGCAGACCCUCACUAACAACCUCUGCUACACUUAUGCAAGGUGCACGCGUUCUGUAUCUAUUGUUCCUCCUGCAUAUUAUGCUCAUCUGGCUGCCUUCCGUGCCCGUUUCUACAUGGAGCCAGAUAGCUCCGACAGUGGCUCUACAGCGAGUGCGCGUGGAGGCCUGUCCGGCUCGUCGACGUCUCGCAGUACCCGCGCCGCUGGGGGUGGAAUCGUCAGGCCCCUUCCUGCACUCAAGGACAGCGUGAAGAGGGUCAUGUUUUACUGUUGAUGCUCUAGAAUCUAGUGCUGCUGGAUUAAUAAGGAGGCUCUACUAUGUCUCAUUUGCAUGUUAGGCGAUUUGGUGUUAAUCAUUUGGAGAUUUCAGUAAUGAGACUGCUGAUUAAGUAUGUGUGCUGUUUGUGGCUCUUGACUUGUGAGGCCAUUCCUAUGCUGAAUAAGGUUUCAUUAGAUUCCGUUCUAUUUUUUUGUGUUUUCGUCAGACUCUGUGCUAGUCUGUUUCCUGGAAGCUGGACUGAACUUGGCUCUAUUUAUCCUCUAUUCACAUGGACCAAUUCCAGAAUCAUUAUUAUUUUCACCUUGUUGGAUGUUCAAAA